AAUAUGUGGGGAAAGGAUGCACAGAUGCAGACGGUGUGGGAAGGAGGGAUGUUCAGAAGAGGAGUGUAGGUUGUCUAAAGAUCAGACUGUGUUUUCACAGUGGGGGAAAUCACGAGGAAACUCAGUUCUCUGAUCAAAAUGGCCAAAGGUGAUCCACACAAGCCUAAGGGCAGGAUGUCUGCAUACGCCUUCUUUGUCCAGGCGUGUCACAAAGAGCACAAGAAGAAGAAUUCUGACAUCCCAAUAAACUUUGCCGUGUUCUCAAAGAAGUGCUUCGGCAGGUGGAAGACUAUGUCAGGGAAGGAGAAGUCCAGGUUUGAUGACAUGGCGAAGCAGGACAAGGCACUCUAUGAUGAGGAGAUGAUGAGCUACAUGCCUGCUGGGAAAAAGGGCAAGAAGAAGAAUGACCCCAACGCUCCCAAAAGACCUCCGAAUCUGGUAAAGAAGUCUCCUCCACGGAAACGCAGGUCUCUGACCGAAAUGGCCGAAGGUGACCCACGCAAGCCUAAGGGCAGGAUGUCUGCCUACGCCUUCUUUGUCCUAUUUUGUCACGAAGAGCACAAGAAGAAUUCUGAUAUCCCGAUAAACUAUGCUGUGUUCUCCAAGAAGUGCUUGGGCAGGUGGCAGACUAUGUCAGGGAAGGAGAAGUCCAGGUUUGAUGACAUGGCGAAGCAGGACAAGGCACGCUAUGAUGAGGAGAUGAUGAGCUACAUGCCUGCUGGGAAAAGUCUGCAGUGA